AUGUCCCAUAUACGGUCUGCUGGUAUUCGGAUUAACCCAACUCCUCAGGACCAGUUCACAAGUGUUGUUCAGGAGCUCUACGAUCUACUUAACUACGUUAACAAGACCUCCGGUAUCACGGAAGAACUGACUAGAACUAUCCAAGUUACAGUCAGUCAGGAAAAAGUUCACUCCUCCACCCACGAUCGACUGAAUACUUUGUCUGACCUGGACUAG